CCUCAACUUCCCUCGUCCGUGAGAGCGGACCGGGCUGGGGGAGCGUGAGCUGCAGGUGUGUGCACGUCCCUGCGUGUGGGUUCGAGAGGACAGACUGCGGGGCUGGGACCGCGAGGCGACGGCGACUGAGGAAGAGCGUACUGGGCUGUGAAGCCAGUUUCGUGGAUGGAGCCCGCACCUGUCUUCCAAAAAGUGGAAUAGGAUCGAAAUGGUCGGUGUGUUUACGUAGUGAGGUUAAAAGAAGAUGGAUGCACAGUGUUCACCCAAAGUCAAUGCAAGGAAGAGGAGAAAAGAGGCACCCGGGCCCAAUGGGGCAGCAGAGGAAGAUGGGAUUCCUUCCAAAGUGCAGCGCUGUGCAGUUGGCUUACGGCAACCAGCUCCUUUUUCUGAUGAAGUUGAAGUUGACUUUAGUAAGCCCUAUGUCAGGGUAACUAUGGAAGAAGCCAGUAGAGGAACUCCUUGUGAGCGGCCCGUGAGAGUUUAUGCCGAUGGAAUAUUUGACUUAUUUCACUCCGGUCAUGCCCGAGCUCUGAUGCAAGCAAAGAACCUUUUCCCUAAUACAUACCUCAUCGUGGGAGUUUGCAGUGACGAGCUCACGCACAACUUCAAGGGCUUCACGGUGAUGAAUGAAAAUGAGCGCUACGAUGCAGUUCAGCACUGCCGCUAUGUGGACGAGGUAGUGAGGAACGCGCCCUGGACCCUGACGCCUGAGUUCCUGGCAGAACACCGGAUUGAUUUCGUAGCCCACGACGACAUCCCUUAUUCAUCUGCUGGCAGCGAUGAUGUGUACAAGCACAUCAAGGAGGCAGGCAUGUUUGCUCCAACACAGAGGACAGAAGGCAUCUCCACAUCAGACAUCAUCACCCGAAUUGUGCGGGACUACGAUGUGUAUGCACGGCGGAACCUGCAGCGGGGCUACACAGCGAAGGAGCUCAACGUCAGCUUCAUCAACGAGAAGAAAUACCACUUGCAGGAGAGGGUUGAUAAAGUAAAGAAGAAAGUGAGAGAUGUGGAGGAAAAGUCAAAAGAAUUUGUUCAGAAGGUGGAGGAAAAAAGCAUCGACCUUAUUCAGAAAUGGGAGGAGAAGUCCCGAGAAUUCAUCGGAAGUUUUCUGGAAAUGUUUGGUCCAGAAGGAGCACUGAAGCAUAUGCUGAAGGAGGGGAAAGGCCGGAUGCUCCAGGCCAUCAGUCCAAAGCAGAGUCCCAGCAGCAGCCCUGCUCGUGAACGCUCCCCCUCCCCCUCUUUUCGAUGGCCCUUCUCUGGCAAGACUUCCCCACCUUGCUCCCCAGCAAAUCUCUCCAGGCGCAAGGUGGCAGCCUAUGAUAUCAGUGAGGAUGAAGAAGACUAAUUUUUCCUCCCUCUUUUCCUCUCCUCUCCCCGUGUCCCAUUACCCUCAGAAGCUCUCUGUUGAAUUCCAAAUUGUGACCCCCCAACACUAAACCUAAGGACAGCUACAAAGGAAAGACAACUGAGGCAAGAGGACCUAGGACUGGGGGAACCAAAACAGCCUAUCCUCCAGGAGACCUCACUCACCCCACGAAGGAGGUGGACUGCACCCUAGAAGCCUGCUCUGCAUCCAUUCACCCUCCCCAGGGUAUGUUCACGUUCAUGCUAUGUUCAUGUGAUCUCGACAAGGAAAUUGUCAUUUUUAUUAAUUUUUUUAAAUUAGUCUUUCAAAUGUAGAACUAAUUUUUUUGUCCCUGAGGAGUGGGCAGAAGAAGGAGGCAGUGUAAUCCGCAGAGGCCUUUUCUUCCCGGUCCACUAUAGCAUUUGCCUUCUGUUCUGAAGGAAAGUGGCUUGCCAAGUCUUUCCCGAAAUGAGCCGUGCUGAUGGGUAAUUUGUGGAGAAAUAUCCUAAUUUUGAUUUCCUUAAGGAAAGGCUAAAAGCCGAAUUACAGUCACAAAUCCCCUCAAUGUGCUGCUGUCACCAGUGCCACUGUGGCUAUGGGAAGAAGGAGAUCUGAGCCUCACUUUUCUUACUCCCUGAGGAGUUUCUUGUUGGACCCAAUGGGGUCCAUGAAGACACUGAUGGGGAUGGAACCAGACCCAUGGCAUCAACUGCAGUGUUUCUGCUGUGUUCAUCUUCUCAGAAAAUUCUGUUGCCCAGUUCUUUGGGACCUUUCGUCAGUCUUUGAAGGAAGGAAGACUUUUAGGGUGACUGAUAAGGAGAGGAGCGGGACAAUACUCAAUCCUAUGCUGCGUCAGUUGAGAGAAUUUCCUACCGGGAGUAAGUGCCUGGCCCUGCGACUCCUAUUCGAAUGCUGUUAAUAUUGCCUAGCCUUCUAGAAAGGGUACUUUGUAAAUGUCUGCCAUUGGAACUUGAUGUUACUCCAUUUUGCUCAUAGCCAUAUUGAAUAUUUAGGUUUGCACCGAAUGUGGAAGCAAAAGCCUAAGGAAACACCUUCCUUUCUAAAGCAGCAGCCUUAUCAUCUUGACCUCUGUCCCUCUAAAGAACAUUCUUCACUGGAACCAGUGCUCCACAGAGUGUUUCUUUCCCUCUGAGAGCUGCAGCUGGCAGGGACUUCCCUCCACUGCCCCUCCAGCAAGCCACAGAGCACACCCUCAUGUGGCAAGAGUGUGGCAGCAUUUCUCCCCGUUUCUCACACACGCCUGGUUGUGGUCCCAUCUCCUGCGUUAGUUCACCCAGGGCAUCCAACACUUGGAUUUCAAGUCGAAGAGUGCUGAUGCUGAACCCUUGCUGUUGAGCAUGAUCUCACUUUGAAAGCCUCAGCCUCCAGUCUCCUUAGCUACAUGAAUUCGCAGACCAUCAACCAUCAGUGACCCUGUAGCUAGAUUCAGCAGGAAAUUGCUUAUGUCCAGGCCCCACCCCCUGUCACUCAUAAAUACCCCUUGUGGGGUGGAGUGUUAGUGUUUUCAGCUAAGAAAACCACAUUUUCUCUUUUCUUGCCUCUCUGCUAGGACUGUGAGCAUCCCAUGGUCCACCCCCUAAACACUUCCUGGUAACACCUGUUCUUCCGCCUGAGGGUCAGAGGCUAGAAUCAUUGCCUGCACAGCAGGACUACCGAGGCUCUUAAAACUGGGAUUCCCCAGGCCCGGUGCAGUGGCUCACGCCUGUAAUCUCAACACUUUGGGAGGCUGAGGCUGGUGGAUCACUUGAGGCCAAGAGUUUGAGACCAGCCUGACCAACAUGGUGAAACCCCAUCUCUCCUAAAAGUACAAAAAGUUAGCUGGGCAUGGUGGGGCAUGCCUGUAGUCCCAGCUACUCUGGAGGCUAAGGCAGGAGAAUCCCUUGAACCCAGUAGGCGGAGGUUGCGGUGAGCUGAGAUGGUGCCAUUGCAUUCCAUUCCAGCCUGGGUGACAAGGCAAGAUGCUGUCUACACACACACACACACACACACACACACACACACCCCACAGAGAGAGAGAGAGAUAAUUAGUAAAAAAUUAAUAAAUAAAAAUACUUGGAUCACCAGAGUGAGAAGCUGUCUCUUAAAAAAAAAAACCACACAGAGAAAUAAUUAAUAACAAAUAAACUUGCAUCCUUCAGAAAGGUAGGAGAGGGCGAACGAAGCCUCCUGUCCUGAUGACCUGUGAAAAUGGCAUUUCUAACUCUUCUCACGAAGUGCAGUUCUUAAUAUCAAACCUGAUUCCUACAAGCUUUGGCUUGGAAUCCUGUUUUUGAAACAGUUAAAGUUAGUGUUUUCCUGUGUUACCCGGCUUUGUGUAGUCUCGUCUUUGAACUUUUCUGCUUCAGUCUUCUCCUUCUGGGAAUUCUGCCCGCUUCUGUCUGACUUGUUCUCCCUGGCGUGGAAAGGCAGCAAAGCCGCCCCGCUUGUCCCUCAGAGCUCACAUUGUGCAGGUGUAUUUGGAUGGAGAGAGAGGCCCUGAAUGCGGUUUUCCUCCCUCCCGGUUGGAGUCACACCUCCUGAGUUAUUGUCUGGGUCCCAAAUGUCUGAGCCCUCUUCCUCCACUCUCACUGGGCUGCUGCCGGCGUGCCCUGUGCUUGGAAAGGGACCUGUAGGCUGUACAUGGCCUUGGGAGACUCCCUUUCCCCUUUUGGUGAGCUUCUGCCCCCUCAGUCUAAUAGUUUGGACUGAAGGCUGUUCGUCUGACUGAAAGCUAAAAACCGUAUGAUGUGGCGUAUUAGAUACUUCGGGCAAACGUGCUCAGAGGUGCUGGCCAGGCAUGGGUAGAGGUGACUGCUGCAUCAUGUGAUCAUCUGUGCCUGCGUGAAUGAGGUUAGAGGUCUGUACACCACAGCAAGGCCUGUGAUCUAACCCUUCAGAUAUCAGUGUUUGGGGCUGUGGAGCUGUUUCCCCAAAUCCCAUACCAGAAGGCAGUCAACAUGGAGGGGCCAAAUGUGGCCGAGAUGACAGAGCCAGAAAAGCUGGCCGGGGCCAGAGCCUGGCAGCUGGAGCUGAGGAGGUGCCAGCGCUGCCCCUGCCUGAAGGUGGGCUGGGCAGAAAGCUUGCUCUUUUCUCAUGCCAGGCUCAGAAGCACUGAGGGACGGAGGUUGAAACUUUAGAGGUCUAGAAAUGGCUCGUUUGUACUGCUGCAGCUAUUCUGAUGGCUGGAGCCAGAGACCGUUAUUUUGCUGAGGCUUGGGUAAGAAAGUUAGGGAUGUGAGGAGGCUGAAAAUCCUGAAGAAGAGGAAACGUCUGACACUUUCUGGUCGCUGACAAGUCCGGCUUUUUUUCGAGGCUGCGCCGCUGGUCGGAUUAUCUCUAGAUACUCUUUCCAGCACGAUUCACGGGGUUUGUUCUUCCUCCCUGGGUUAUCUUGACUAUCGGUAGCUUAUUUUCAAGGCUCAUUGCCUUUUUAAUCCUGUUCCAGAUCACUUAUCCAAAAUCUUUCCAAAUCAAUUCUAUUUUGCUGCUUCUCUUUAAUUCUCUGAAAGCCAUAGCUUCUAGAUUUUCUAUCAGCAUGCGUUCUCCCCAGAAGUUGGACCAGUACACGUAGAAAAAGAAAGCUCCCUUAACAAUGUUUUUAACUAAUGCUAUUUUUUUAAGCUUACCAAUAUAAGUAUUUUUAAAGGUUAUAUUUUUCAAAGUCAUAACAAUGAUUAUUCUUGUUUUCUCUCAUAGUAUAGAUUGUCGUGGGAUAAAGAGUGGUGCCUAGCUUCUAUUUUUCCAAAUAAAGAAGUGGAACCUGUUAUUGGGAUUAUACCAUUUAAUGUUAAUUUUGUUGAAGAAGAAAGAUUUUUGUCUGCCAAAGUUUUAUGUUAGUACUCGGAUUGAGGCAGAGAACAGAAGCAGGUUUGGCGUUGGGAUGACUCGGGUUGUCUUCCUGUAGGUUUGAAGUGGGCCUUCCCGCCUUUUGAGGGAAGCUGUUUAGAACACAUAUCCUGGAUUAGUUGGGUUGUUUUGUAUUGAGGAUCCCAAAAAAGACAAGAGUCUUGGAAAGGACUGCUCACUUCGUCGUGAAUGCAUGCCCGCCCGUCACCAGUGUGAGCCCACAGGGAAGAGCUCCUCAGCUGGGGUUCAGUCUGUACUUUUCCUGUCCGUUAUUAAUUUGUUCUGAGUUAUUUGGAUUUUGUUAUUUAGCCAAAUAAAGGCAAUGUGGUUUUACCUGA